CACCACUCUCCCUCUUGCCCAAAGUCCCAAACUGGAAAUUUCUCAGCUCCGGAACCUCACCGUUCCCGCCGUUAUGAACAUUCCGAUGGCCCAAUCUUCUUCUCGCCGUCAGCUUACAGAACAAAAACUUGAGGAGGGAGGAGCCCCCAAAACGAAUUCGAAUGAAAACCCCCAAAAAGAUUCUAACUUUGAAAUCGGAGGACUCCCAAAACCUAUAAAGUUUCACACUUUGAGUUUUCUUCGUGUAUCAGCAACUCGAGAGCUUAAACUGAAAAUCAAGCCCAGUUAUAACUAUUUCGUUGCUACUCCACGCGCCAUUUCGCAUUUGAAGUUGGAUUGCAUGCUUGAAGGUGAGCAAGUUGAAGUUGAGGGAUGUGGCAUUGUUCUUAUUAAUACUGACGAGGCAGGUACCUUGAUAGUCACCAAUUUUCAGCUUCUUUUUCUGUGUGAGGGAACUAGAAAUGUUAUUCCGCUUGGCACAAUACCUUUGGCAACAAUUGAUAAGUUCAACAAAAUGGUUGUAAAGAAUCAAUCAACCCCUCGUCAAUCUGACAAGACUCCAUCAAGAAGAUUGCUUCAGGUCAUUGGUUCUCAUGGCAAAAAGAGCAAAGCAAAUGAAAGCAAGUGCAAAGCUCACAAAAUGACAAAGUAAAAUGGUGCACUUGUGAUUGUUGUUUUAUUUCAAGUGUGGUUAUAAUUUUCAAUACUUGAAAAUGACAACACAUUUAUUUUCAUUUUAGUGUUUGUAUUUGCAUAUGGUAUGAUGACUCAAUAGAUAUGUUUAACUAUAUUUUUCAUUAAUUAAUGUUAA